GCCACAAUAUGCUUAUCUAUCAAACAGGUUAGUCUCUUGGGAAUUAAAUUAAUCUUAUAAGUAAGAAAUAGCAAGAGAAACUUUAAACUAAUAAAUAAUAAAUAACUCUAGGUGCUUAUUUUGGAAAAAGAGAAUGAGUAUUUAGAAACUCAUUUACCAGUUAUUACCAUCUUUAUUCUUUAAAUUGCAGUGAUUAACAGCUGACGUAAUCAAUUCUAUCUUGUGUGGCACACCUGUUUAUAAUUUGUUUUGUAUGAAAGUUUGAAGUUGUGAGAUGGCAUCAAAAAUAAAGCUCAACGACGAGCAUGGCCGAUCUGAUUCGUAUCGGGUUGCCACAAUUCCUUCCUCUUUUGAUGACUUCAGAACAGCAGAUGGUAGACCGAAGUCUCGAAGGAAGAUAAAGAAGGUUAGAAAAGCGGAAGAUUUAGAUGAUUUAAAACAGGAAUUAGACAUCGAUUAUCAUAAGAUCUCGCCCGAAGAACUCUAUCAAAGGUUUCAAACACAUCCCGAAAAUGGUCUUAGUCAUGCGAAAGCGAAAGAAAAUUUGGACAGGGACGGACCCAAUGCCCUUACGCCGCCAAAAACAACUCCCGAAUGGGUGAAAUUCUGUAAAAACUUGUUUGGUGGUUUCGCCCUUUUACUUUGGAUUGGUGCAAUCCUCUGUUUUUUGGCUUAUUCCAUACAGGCUAGUACCGUGGAAGAACCCGCAGAUGAUAAUCUUUAUCUUGGGAUCGUAUUAGCUGCCGUUGUUAUCGUUACAGGUAUAUUUUCUUAUUAUCAAGAAAGUAAGAGUUCGAAAAUUAUGGAAUCUUUCAAGAACAUGGUACCUCAAUUUGCGACUGUACUCAGAGAAGGUGAAAAGCUGACGCUUCGCGCCGAAGAUUUGGUACUUGGGGACGUAGUCGAAGUCAAAUUCGGCGAUCGUAUACCGGCGGAUAUAAGAAUAAUCGAAUCAAGAGGUUUUAAAGUUGACAAUUCAUCACUUACCGGAGAAUCUGAACCUCAAAGUAGGAGUCCCGAAUUCACUCAUGAAAAUCCGUUGGAAACCAAAAAUCUUGCAUUUUUCUCGACUAACGCCGUAGAAGGUACCGCCAAAGGAGUUGUUAUCAGUUGUGGAGACAAUACCGUGAUGGGUCGUAUCGCCGGUCUCGCAUCCGGCUUAGAUACUGGGGAAACUCCGAUCGCCAAAGAAAUCCACCACUUUAUUCAUCUAAUCACAGGAGUAGCCGUUUUUCUGGGAGUAACUUUCUUCUUUAUAGCAUUCAUACUUGGUUACCAUUGGUUAGACGCCGUUAUUUUCUUGAUUGGUAUCAUCGUAGCCAACGUGCCGGAAGGUUUGUUAGCUACUGUAACCGUUUGUUUAACUCUCACUGCCAAAAGAAUGGCGUCGAAGAAUUGUUUGGUGAAAAAUUUGGAGGCCGUCGAAACAUUGGGAUCUACUAGCACAAUUUGCUCAGAUAAGACUGGAACAUUGACUCAAAAUAGAAUGACCGUAGCUCACAUGUGGUUCGAUAAUCAAAUUAUCGAAGCAGAUACAACCGAAGAUCAAUCCGGUGUUCAAUACGAUAGGACAAGUCCAGGAUUCAAAGCUCUAUCUCGGAUCGCUACUCUAUGUAAUAGAGCCGAAUUCAAACCGGGUCAAGACGGCGUCGCCAUCCUAAAACGCGAAGUUAACGGAGAUGCGUCCGAAGCGGCUCUUCUCAAAUGUAUGGAACUGGCUCUCGGUGAUGUAAUGUCGAUUCGACGCAAGAAUAAGAAAGUCUGCGAAGUUCCAUUCAACUCCACUAACAAAUAUCAAGUAUCUAUUCACGAAAACGAAGAUCCGAACGAUCCGCGUCACAUUUUGGUGAUGAAGGGAGCGCCGGAAAGAAUUUUAGAAAGAUGUAGUACCAUCUUCAUCUGCGGCAAAGAAAAAGUAUUAGACGAAGAGAUGAAAGAAGCAUUCAAUAACGCCUAUUUGGAAUUGGGAGGUCUCGGAGAGCGUGUACUAGGUUUUUGCGAUUCGAUGCUACCGACAGAUAAAUAUCCGAUCGGUUACAAAUUCAACAGCGACGAUCCCAAUUUCCCUCUAGAAGGUUUAAGAUUCGUCGGUCUCAUGUCGAUGAUUGAUCCUCCGAGGGCGGCAGUACCUGACGCCGUCGCUAAAUGUAGAAGCGCCGGUAUUAAAGUUAUCAUGGUGACCGGUGAUCAUCCUAUAACUGCUAAAGCUAUCGCCAAAUCUGUCGGUAUCAUAUCCGAAGGAAACGAAACAGUCGAAGAUAUCGCUCAACGAUUGAAUAUUCCUGUAUCCGAAGUUAAUCCUAGGGAAGCUAAAGCUGCCGUCGUACAUGGAUCGGAUCUCAGAGAUUUGUCGUCCGACCAAUUGGACGAAAUCCUCAGAUACCAUACCGAAAUUGUAUUCGCCAGAACUUCUCCGCAACAGAAGCUCAUCAUCGUGGAGGGAUGUCAGCGGAUGGGUGCUAUUGUCGCCGUCACAGGUGAUGGUGUAAACGAUUCUCCAGCAUUGAAGAAAGCCGAUAUCGGUGUUGCUAUGGGUAUAGCCGGUUCGGAUGUAUCCAAACAGGCCGCCGAUAUGAUUUUACUCGACGAUAACUUCGCUUCUAUCGUGACAGGUGUAGAAGAAGGUCGACUGAUCUUCGAUAAUCUCAAGAAAUCUAUUGCUUACACCUUAACAUCCAACAUUCCCGAAAUAUCUCCCUUCUUAGCCUUUAUUCUCUGUGAUAUCCCAUUACCUUUGGGUACGGUUACCAUUCUAUGCAUCGAUCUGGGAACAGACAUGGUGCCUGCUAUUUCUUUGGCUUAUGAAGAAGCUGAAAGCGAUAUUAUGAAGAGACCCCCAAGAAACCCCCUAACCGAUAAACUUGUCAAUGAUAGGCUAAUUUCAAUGGCAUACGGACAGAUCGGUAUGAUUCAAGCAGCGGCAGGUUUCUUCGUCUAUUUCGUCAUUAUGGCUGAAAACGGAUUCCUACCAAUGAAGUUGUUUGGAAUAAGAAAACAAUGGGAUUCGAAAGCUGUCAAUGAUGUUACAGAUUCUUAUGGACAAGAAUGGACAUAUCGAGAUAGGAAAACAUUGGAAUACACUUGUCACACUGCUUUCUUCGUUUCAAUCGUUGUGGUGCAAUGGGCGGAUUUGAUAAUUUGUAAAACUAGAAGAAAUUCCAUCGUACAUCAAGGUAUGAGAAACUGGGCUCUAAAUUUCGGACUCGUUUUCGAGACUGCUUUGGCUGCUUUUCUUUCUUACACCCCCGGUAUGGACAAGGGAUUGAGAAUGUUCCCAUUGAAGUUUGUAUGGUGGUUGCCCGCAAUUCCAUUCAUGCUGUCCAUCUUCAUUUACGACGAAGUGCGACGAUUUUAUUUACGACGCUGUCCCGGCGGAUGGUUAGAACAAGAGACCUAUUAUUAAGUAUUAAAAUAUCAAGAGUACUGCCACUCAGUGGAGCUGUGGGACCGCUUAUACCACGGCCUCGAUAGGAGAGACCUCGAUAAUGAAAAAAGAAGAAACCGUAUCAACAUGGAAAGAAAACGAAGUCUUUCUCUAUCGAUCAUUGUACAAAUACUGUUGCUAAUUUUAGUAAAUUUGCUGCUUGUGCAGUUUGAUAUAUUUAAGUACGGCGUAAAAGACCGGCUACCUUGUUUAAAUCGAGUUGUUCUAUUACGUCUUAGCUAUUUAUGAAUCUAAUUAAAAAAAAAUAUAAUAGGUCGUGUGACAAGAAGGGGUAUCAACCACAAUAAAGUAAACAUUCCAUAUUCAAGGACUACAGUUGCCUUAGUCUGCCAUACAGAGUAUUAAUUCGAGGUUUUCCACUUAAAACGUCCGCUCUUUAAACUUGGAAACUAAUCGGAUAUUUACACUGUUUCUUUUCAUAUUUUAUAGUUACAAGCUUUGAAGAGGCCUAACUUUAAUGGAAUACCUUUUUUUAGGUCGGUUUAGGAUCUAGGAACAUUGAUAGAAUCACAUAUACGCCAUUUUGAAUCGUCCUCUACCUAUUCUAACUUCUAAUACCUUUAGUAUGGUAUAGAAAUCGAUUAUGAAUGUAUUAAUCACACUGUAUAUUUUACAUUUGUCAUAUCCUCAAUUUAAUUGAAGAAGAUAAAUCCUGAAUCACACACUGUGUGUAUAUUAGUCUAAGAACCGGUUGCAGCAUUAGUGCAUCAAUCGGAUUUUUGCUAAAACCCAAAUUUUUAUGGAUAUUUAUAAUAUAUUAUGAAUAAAUAUUUACCAAGUUGUCUAACAAAACUUGGUCGCUAGUAUUUUUGAUUGAUUUUUGGAAAAAACGUUUCGUUCGCGGCAAUUUAUGUGAAGAUUUUAACAAUUGCCGUUGCCUCUUCGUGUCAGUUGGUUCUCUGUCGCAUGUCGGCACUUACGCGUGUAUUUCGAGCAACUUCAAUACAGACGGCGUAAUAAAUCGAUCGUCUACUGCCGUUGUUGCCCUUGGUCGCCUACUGCCAGCCCUCUGAUGGUAGAGGAAAGAACCAUUACUCUGGAUCAAAAUAAAAACCAAGUCUAUUGAUGAUAGAAAAGGCUUGGUUUAUAAAUUAAAGAUGUUUAAAUGUGCGAAAAACUACUUACAGUUUAGAAUAUGACAAGUAAAUCAACUCUUGUUUUAUUUAGUCGUCUACUCAUCCUGAAGGGAUUAGUUCAAGGGACUCAGAACUUACAUUCUAUGUAAUAACUAGAAUACCCCCAAAAACACACACAUUGCUGAAAAUUAAUAAGAAAAAUAUCAAGUGUCCGGUUUCUUUUGCUGUUGAGUGUAUAAAAGAUCUAAGAAAUUAAAGAGAUUUAUUCUCCUAAUAAUAAAUAUGCAUAAAAAUUUGAGUUUUAGCAAAAAAUCCUGCAACCGGAUCUUAAACUACAUCUGAGACAUACUACGUAUAAAGAUAUUCCAGGAUUUAAAAUUCCGGGAUAUAAAAUAGAAUGGAUUUUAUGAGUUACUGUUGCUUUUGAAUGUGAAUAUCAAUACUAUAAUAUCGAACAGUUUAGUUAUUAGUAACGAUUCAAUCUUUGUUUCUGGAUCCAGGUGGUUAUGAGUGUGGUGUCUUAGUGGCUGCCGAUUUCGUUGCCUGUUGGGGGAGACCACUGAGGUCUAAACACAUAAAUCGUCGUUAAAACGACGAUCGACGAAGAUGAAUAAUUUUUAGUACUAGUUAGGCUUUAAACACUUAGGUUAGCUAGAUUGUAACCGUGUUGUUAUUCGUAUUCAAUGUCAACCAGGUCGUGCUCAAUACAAAACAUGACUAUAAUAAUUAUCACAACUAUAAACAUUUGAAACUACACAUUACAUGAAAUAAUAUUUUCCAUAAGGUUAGUGCUUUAUGAUAGUAACAACGUUUUCCGAUAUAGAUACAUCUUUGAAUUUUUUCGGAUGUAAUGUGUGGUCUUCAUUUUCAUAAUUCAUUUGUAUAUAUAUAUACUUUGAUCGUUUUAAAUUCUGAAUUCACUGCAAAAAAGGGCGAGUCGAUACAAUAAUAUGCGAAUACGCCCUGUUAAAAUCUGCUUUUUGUAGAAUUUUUAUUUAUCAUGUGUUGCGCUCCGGUCUCCGGUGGACCACUUUAUUGUUAUCUGACUGUAAAUAGUUUUAAGUGAAUCACUUAAUUAUUUUUUUUUGCUUGUGUUCUUUUCACAUUCAUGUUUUAGUACGUGAAAGAGCCGUAUACAUUUUGGGUUUUAAUAAAAUGAAUGAUAGUAUGAUAUCA